GCUGCGACGCGUUGUUGUUUUACUUAAAUUUUAUGUUCUAUUUCUCUGAUUUCUCUGAUUCUUUUUGUUGCUGAAAUUAAGUUUUUGCUGUCAAUAAAUACUCAAAAUCCCAGGAUGUGAUGAGUGAUUCGGACGAUACGGAUGUCCUGCUGCUGAUUCCACCGGAUUUCUUUAGCAUCGAGACAACCAGCGCUACACCCGUUUCACUCCCAGCUGAAUGUGGUUUUCGUUACUACAGUGAAUUCCCCCGAUCACUGGAUCUUUUGAGCGCCUACAACGGAUCAAUUGGAAUAAAUUCUUACAAAAGCUCCAUUCCAACGAUGAGCGGACAGCGAAGCACCUUCGGUCAGGAAUAUCCCGGCGGUAAUUGCGGCUUCCAAACACACAUGGAUGGCGGCAACAAUAUGUACUAUUCAACACCCAUCAAAGGACAUCUGGGAACGAACCAGAAGCCACAGCCUAACAAUCACUUUUUUCUUAACGAAAUUGAUCAUUUCCUACAAGUAGGACCCAAACCAAGCAACCAGUCGCUUGCUCCGCAGGAAGGAGCUUCCAAAAGCCCUGACCAAUCACUCAUCGACUUGAAUAGCAUUUCAAUCCACGAGUUUCCCUCAUUAACGGCCAGCGAUUUUAACGGCUUCAGUAGAACGUCAACCAACACUGCCGUUCCGCAGAAACCUCCCCGAAAGGAGCUGUUACCACCGUCCGGCAGUAGGUCUUCGAUCAACACCAGGCCCCCGAUGCUUAGUUUGAACGAAAUUUGGAACAGCAAUACAAUCAACCAGGAAAGCUCCAAAGUACAGGAAGAACGCCUCAGGAGACAACACUGCGAACGGAAUAUUCAGGCCUUGCAAACGAAGCUGCUCGAGUACGAACAGAAGAUUGCGGUUGCCAUCGAUGUAGAUAAGGAAAAGGAAGCGAUGAUUCUGCGACUGGAGGAAGAUGGGAUUCGGCAAAAUCGCGAAGUCCGAGACAUGGAACAGAAACACACCGAAGGACAGGAAAGACUGCUGCAGGAAAACUUGGAAACCAAAAACAAAAACCUCUUCUUGGAAAAAGAACUUUCCGAAACGAUCGCCGUCGUACGCAAACUGCAGGACAAAAACGAAUCGCUGGAAUCGAAAGUGGAAAGUCUUACUACUGCCAACCGCGACGUGACCGAUGUGCAUAAAACCCAGCUCAGAGACCUGGAAAUCCGACUAUCCAACAGUAAGGAUAGCGAGCGCAGCCUGAAGGAACAAAUGGCAAAACUUAGAAAAGCCAACGAACAGCUGAAGGAUCAACUUGAAGUAGAACGCAAGAAAUCCGAGGAUAGCAAUAAACUGAGAGCAGACUAUGCUUCACUUAAGGUUAAGACUGAUAAUUUAAGCAGAAAGUUUACCGAAAUAAACGCACAAAACGAAUCAAUCAGGGAACAAGUGAAAGAUCUGAAAGCAGAAGCAGAAGCUCAUUUAGAAGAGAAGAAAAAACUUAUAAAGGAGCUGGAUGUGCAACGGUUAUCGCUCAAGAAAUACUACCAAUCUCAGCUAGAAGAUGUCGUUACUGAUAAGCUCAAAGAAUUCCAGAAACAGCUAACGUUAGUUGAGGAUCAACUUAAAUCUGAAGCAAAAAAGAAGGAAAGGCUUAUUGCCGAACGUGCAAUCAAGCAGAUUGAACUGAUCAAUCAAACCACCGAACAAGAGAUCAAACUCCUCAAUGAAAAAUACAACGAACAAGAAUCGCUCUACCGACUGCAACUGACCAACUCGUCGAAAACUAUCUACGAAUUGGAGGAAAGGCUGUCCUCAUAUCAGCACAGAAGAGCCGACAUCGCCGAACAGCUUCACUCAAUCAUGGAGACCCAAUGGCAGAAAGCCUUAGAAGUGCUAACAUCUCCUGCCACGGCCGGAGCUGAAGAAGCACCACAUAUGCCAAACCGUUUCAACAGGCUGUCGGUUGAUCACAUCGACAAAGAUCAACUGGAUGGGGUUAGAACAUUGAAAGGUGUAGCAGAAAACGAGACGUUCCAUACGCCCGUGAGUAGCCGACAGCAGAAACAGACGGGGAAUUCUGAUGAUCGAAGCACUUUGCCACGCGAUUUGCUGCAUAAUUACAUUCAACUGCUGCUGGAGAAAUCGCCGAGCGAUUUGAAAGGCUUAGAUGGUAUGCUAGCGAGCUGUAAAAAGGAGCCAAAAGACAAGUCUGUCGUGUGUCAUAGUAUGGGAAAAGCACCCAACGGGAUAUUCAAUUCGGCUUCCAAUUUGAGUCAGCUCAGCAAAACAAUUGGGAAAACGCCAAGGCCUUGGAAGUGAAUCUUUAUGCUAAUUAGAAUGAAAUUAUUGUCGAAAUAUUCAUGAAUCGUACUUUUGCUGUAUUUGUAAAUACUUCACCCUAAGUAAAUAA